CCGCCUCCGGUGCCGCGCGGCACGUGGGCAGGUCCCGGUGGCACCGAGCAUGGCGGCGGCGAGCAGCGGGGAGCAGCCGGGGCCGCCGGACGCCCCCGGGCCCGAGGACUUCGUGUACGGAGAGGACGAGUUCGUGCUGCAGGGGGUCGCCUGGCCCGGCGCCGCGCCGUCCCGCUUCGACCGGGCCCUGCUGGGCGCGUGGCAGGACCGCAUGGCGCGGGGCCUGUUCCGGUACCGCCUCGGGGAGCUGCCCACGCGCGUCCUGCCCGGCGCCAUGCGCCUGGUGGCGCAGCUCAACCCGCAGCGCGCCACCGAGCGCCGGCCGCCGCAGGCCAUCCGCAGCCUGACGCAGCCCUUCGACCCGCAGCAGUUCAACUUCACGCGGAUCCGGCCCGGGGAGGUGCUGCUGCGCCUGCGCCGCCGCGCCGGGGGCGACCCGCCGCCCCUCGACCGCGUGCUGGUGGCCAUCAACGUCAGCCCGCUGGAGCGCGGCCACGUCCUGCUGCUGCCCGAGCCGGCGCUGGGGCUGCCGCAGGCGCUCACCCCGCAGCUGCUGCACUUCGGGCUGGAGGCCGUGCUGCUCAGCGCCCAGCCCGGCUUCCGCGUGGGCUUCAACAGCCUGGGCGCCUCGGCCUCCGUCAACCACCUGCACCUGCACGCCUUCUACCUGGCCCACCCGCUGCGCGUCGAGUCGGCGCCCGCCGAGCCGCUGCUCCCCGAGCGGGGCCUGGCCCUGCUGCGGGACGUCCCGGCGCCCGCCCUCCUCUUCUACGCGGCGGGCGCGGACCUGCGGGGCCUGGCGGAGGCCGUGUGCGGCCUGGCGGCCGGCCUGGCGGCGCGGGGCCUGGCCUACAACGCGUUCGCCACGCGGGGCGCGCCGCCGGCGGGCGGGGAGGCGGCCCCGGGGCUGCGGGUGCUGCUGUGGCCGCGCCGGCCGAGCUUCGAGCCCGAGGCGGGGGCGGCGCCGGCCGUGGCGCUGUGCGAGCUGGCCGGGUACCUGCCGCUGCCGGCCGCCGCCGCCUUCCAGGCGCUGUCGGAGGCCGAGGCGCUGCGCGCCCUGCGCCGCCCGCUGCUGCCCGAGCCCGAGCUGCGCCGCCUGGCGGCCGAGCUGCUGCCGCCGCCCGACACGGCGGGCCGCCGCCCGGACACGUGA